GGAGGUGUGACGUCAUCGCCGCGGGGCGGAGGCGACAGUGUCUAGCCGGGGCUCCGCGUGUAGCUACGCCGACGGAACUGGCUUUGAGACAGCGUGAUACUCUGCAGCUGGCCGCCUCCCUCGGUGUUCAGCCCACGUCGAGUCCUGAGCUGAGAUGGCAGACGAUCUCGGAGACGAGUGGUGGGAGAACCAGCCAACUGGAGCAGACAGCAGCCCAGAAGCAUCAGAUGGUGAAGGGGGAGGAGAUACAGAAGUGAUGCAGCAGGAGACAGUUCCAGUUCCUGUACCCUCAGAGGAAACCAAACAGCCUAAAGAAUGUUUUUUGAUACAAUCAAAGGAAAGAAAAGAGAAUACCACCAAGACCAGGAAGAGGAAAAAGAAGAAAAUUACUGAUGUUCUUGCAAAAUCAGAACCAAAACCAGGGUUACCUGAAGACCUACAGAAGCUGAUGAAGGAUUAUUAUAGCAGCAGACGCUCGGUGAUUGAAUUAGAAGAACUGAACCUGCCAGACUCCUGUUUCCUCAAGGCCAAUGAUUUGACUCACAGUCUUUCCUCAUACCUAAAAGAAAUUUGUCCUAAGUGGGUAAAACUUAGGAAAAACCACAGUGAGAAGAAAUCGGUCCUGAUGCUGAUCGUCUGCAGCUCAGCCACCCGAGCCCUGGAGCUCAUCAGGUCGAUGACAGCAUUUAGAGGAGACAGCAAAGUUAUAAAAUUAUUUGCAAAGCACAUAAAGGUCCAGGAGCAGGUAAAGUUGCUGGAGAAGCGUGUGGUGCACCUGGGUGUAGGAACUCCAGGGAGAAUUAAAGAACUUGUUAAACAAGGUGGCUUUAAUUUGAACCCCUUAAAAUUUCUGGUUUUUGACUGGAACUGGAGAGAUCAGAAGUUGAGGAGAAUGAUGGACAUUCCCGAGAUAAGAAAGGAGGUAUUCGAACUUCUGGAAAUGGGAGUGCUCAGUCUGUGCAAGUCAGAAUCUUUGAAACUGGGCCUUUUCUAAGUCUGUGUCCUAAUGAAGAUUCCAGUCUUCACAGUAGAAGUUGCAUCUUAUUUAAUGACUCUGAUACAUUGCAAGCACUCAGUAAAUAUCAGCAAAUAGUUUAUGUUAACUGUGUCAGCAGAUGGAUCACUGGAAUGUGGGGAUUCUGAAACAGGAAUGAAUCUGUCCUUCUGACAACUCUUUUAUAUAAUAAAGUAUCACCAGCUUGUGUGUGA